UCGGCGCCCGUGGCUCAUCCCAUCCCGUGGCUCCGAAAGGGGAAGUGCCCGGGGGCCAGAGCUGCUGCUUCCCCUGCCUGGGGCUGGGCUCGGGCCCCCCCAGCGCCGCGGAGCAGCUCCCUGGCUCUGUCCCUGCCGCCUGCCCUGCCCCAGAGCCAGGCCUCAGCUGGCAGGAGGCCGGUGUCCUUGCCCUGCCCUUCCCCGGCCCUGCCCGGCUUCCCUGCCCUGAACCAAGCGGCUCCAGCCGGCUCUGGGUCGGCACAGGCCGCACCAGAGGAGCCGGGGCUGGCUGGGCAAAGACUAGGGAGCUUCAGGGCCGGCUGGGAGGAGAUCCCCCAGCCCUGGGGACAGGCCCCUGGGUUGCCAUCCCGCAGAUGGGGGGUGAGAGCCGGUCUGUGCUGCUGCAGUGCCCCCAACCACUGCCUGGCUCGUUGCAGUGCCUACCACCAAGCCUGGUGUCGGCAGGGAGAGCUGGUGUCAGCACAGAGCAGGGGAAGGGGGAGCACCCUGAUCCCCAGCCAGGCUCUGGUGCCUGCGUGUCCCUGCUGCUGGCACGGGGCCCCCACAGCACUAGUCCAGGGUGGGCCUGGGCUGCUCCUGCCUCGGCCAUGGACCCCUGCCCAUGUCCUGUGCCAGCCCCACCCGGGCUCUGUGAGCUCACAGCCGUGUAGCACGGUCGUCUGGGCAACGCGUGGCCGCAGCGCCAGGCCCAAGUGUAGAAGGGGCGGCAGGAGCCGCACGGGCACGAGGGCCAUGGCGCGGGACAUGAUCACGGACACGCAGCAGCAGGACUUCCUGAAGGAGCAGUUCCGGCGCGAGGGGCAGCUGUGGCUGCGCUGGUACGGCCGUUACUGCGAGCCGCUCCUCGCCCGCCGGCCCCCACGCCACCCCCCGACCCCUCAUCACCUCCGGCUGCCAACACUGCCUGCUGCACCCCCAGCACCACCCCCGGCACCCAGGCCCCCUGCACCCCCAGAGCCGCCCCCACUGGGACCCCGCAUCAAAGAGAUGAAGCCGGUGCCCCCCGACGUGCAGGCGCUCCUGUACCAGGGCAUCUCGCACGACGGGCAGGGGCGGUGGCGCUACCUGCGGGCACGUGCCGGCCUCAGCCCCGAGGACAAGUAUGAUGAGCCCAUCACCUCCAGCUUCGACUAUGGCUGGCAGCUGGGUGAGGUGGGGGCUGGGGUUGGGCACAUCCAGCUGUGCCGGGGGGGUGGGGGGCAGGAAGGCACAGGUACUGCCAGCUGUGCAGAUCCAGUCUUUAUUACCCAUUUCUGCCCCCCACACGGUGCCAGGAGGUGCCCAAGUGAGGGGGGUCUGGGUGCCCCAUACCCUGACCCCCUUUCCCCCCUGUGUGGUGCAGGGCCGACCCAGAUCUCCGUGCACCCCGUGCCCAAGUGCCGCAUCGACAGCUUCUUCCGCCGCAAUGGUGCCUUCGCCCUGCUGGACCCCCGCGACGUGGCUCUGUGAGACCCCCUCACCCCCCAGGCUUGCUAAC